AUGGACGAAAAACGGAGCACGGACGGCGAGACAUCGCAUGUCAACAACGCGGCCGUGCAGGAAAAGACCGACACGACCAACUCUGAGGGGAACACGCAUGUAGUGCACUUUAAGGGCCAAACGCCAGAAUGGCGCGAUGCCACGGAAAAGAAGCUGCUGCGCAAGAUAGACACGCACCUGCUGCCGUUCCUGGUGGUCAUGUACCUGCUCAACUUCUUGGACCGGUCGAACCUGGCGCAGGCGCGGCAGGGCACGUUCGAGAAGGACCUGGGAAUGACGGGCACUGACUUCAACCUGGCCACGUCCAUAUUCUUCGUGGCAUACCUGCUGAUGCAGCUGCCGUCCAACAUGCUCAUCACGAGGGUGAGGCCGUCGCUGUAUCUGUCGGCGGCCAUGGUGCUAUGGGGCGGCGUGUCGGCGUGCACGGCGGCCACGCGCAACUUUGGCCAGCUCAUCGCCGUGCGCUUCCUGCUCGGCUUUGUCGAGGCGCCCUUCUUCCCCGGCGCUGGAGCGCGGGGCAUCGCCGGGUGGCAGUGGUUAUUUAUCAUUGAGGGAGUCAUCACCAUCGCCGUGGCGGUUGCGGCGGCGUUUGUGCUGCCCGACUACCCCAGCACAACGCGGUGGCUGACGGAAGAGGAGCGGGCGUUUGCGGCGUGGCGGCUGCUAGCCGACAUCAACGAGAGCGACGCGCAAAAGGCUCGGACGGUCUGGGAGGGGGUCAAGCUGGCCGCGACGGACCCCCGGCUGUAUCUGUUUGUGCUGCUGCAGCACCUCAGCCUGCUCAGCCAGACGUUCCAGUACUUCUUCCCCGGCAUCGUGGGCACACUAGGCUACGGCAAGAUCGAGACGCUGUGGCUGACGGCGCCCGUGUGGUUUGCAACGUUUCUCAUCUCGGUCUGCGUGACGUGGACAUCGGCGCGGACACAGGACCGCUCCAUCCACAUCUUCUGCCUAAUGAUGUUGGCUGCUGUUGGCAAUGCCAUUGCGACGGGCUCGACAGCACUUGGUGCCCGCUUCUUUGCCAUGUUCUUGAUGCCCAUGGGGGCUGUCUCAGCGUACCAAAUCAUCGUGUCGUGGGUGGCCAAUUCGUUCCCGCGGCCGCUAGUCAAGCGUUCGGCUUCGGUCGCCAUCGCCAACAUGAUCGGCAAUACGGCCAGCAUCUACGGCUCGUACAUGUAUCCUGCCUCAAACGCGCCCCAGUACACGCCCGGCGGGGCGACGAACACGAUUGUGUGCGUACUGGUUGGCGUCCUUGCCCUGCUUAUGCGCUUCGUGCACAAGCGCGCCAACAGAAAGCUCGAGGAUGCCGAGGCCGAGCUAGCCGAGAAUAGACACGGCGAGAUUUCGAGGCCAGCGAAUGGCGACAAGAGGGCGGUGGGGUUCAGAUAUGUUCAUUAG